UAGUGGACAACCUCAAAGCUCACUCUCUCUCUAUUUAUCUAUAUAUUUCUCUCUCGGUUUUCCCUUUCUUUGUUUUGGAAGUCAUGGCGAGUGCUUGGAUUGUAGAUGGGCGAGGAAUCGCAACCAAAGUGAAGAAUGCGUCUGUCUCUUCAGCUGUGCAGAUCAAAGACUGUGGAGCUUCUAUCAAUUGCCCCAACUGCUCUUACCGCAUUGACAACAGCAAUGUGCUGGUUCCAUGGCCUGGCCUUCCUAAAGGCGUCAAGUUUGAGCCAACUGAUGAGGACAUCAUUGAAUUUCUGGAAGCUCAAUGCGGGGUUGGUGGCUCAGAGCCGCACGUGCUUAUCGAAGAGUUUAUUCGUCCAGUCACUGAAGAUGUUGGAAUCAAUUACACUCACCCUGAAAACCUUCCUGGUGCAAACAAAGAUGGAGUAAGUGUCUUCUUCUUUCACAAGACGGUGCAGGCAUAUGGAACAGGACAAAGGAAACGCAGAAAGAUCACACCCACAUGCCUGAGCGAGGAACCAGUUCGCUGGCACAAGACAGGGAGAACCAAACCAGUGUUGCUCGAUGGAGUGCAAAGGGGCUGCAAGAAGAUUAUGGUGCUCUACAAGAGCGCUAGAAAGGGAUCAAAGCCCGAGAAAUCAAACUGGGUCCUUCAUCAGUACCAUCUGGGCACGGAAGGAAAUGAGAUAGGAGACUAUGUGGUUUCAAAGAUCACAUAUCAGCAGCAGAAACUAGGAGAUGAAGGGGAGAGUUCCGGGGUUAGAGGUGGCCCAAGAACACCCAAGACGAAUACUCCUACACCACCUAGACCUUUGGCUGGCGCUGCUGCCGAUGAAGAAGCUUUUGAUGAUGCAAACAUUUUUGAUCCAUCUCCUGAGGGACUGGACAGCAUUCCAGAAGCUGUUUUGGGGUGCAAAAAAGCUCGAAUAGAUGAGGAUUUUGUUGUAAACCUCAGUGAAGAUAACUUAACAUGCAACGAAAGCAUUGAAGCUUCGUCUCUUUGGGAAAACCAGCUUCUCCCUAAUCCUAGCGUCGCCACUUUCGGGGAAUUAGAUGGUUUUGCGCUUUCAGAUCUAGAGAUUGCAGAUUUGGGGACUCCCCCUGAUUUUCUCACUUUGGCUUCUCAGGAGAGCUUGUUGAAUUGGAUUGGAUGGCUGUGAUUGGAUUCUUUGCUGCUAAAUGCAGAACCUCUAAAAUGGCGUUUUCUCAGUAAAAAACGUAGAGAAAUGCCGAUGAAAGAUGAAGAAGAAGGAGGCAAAAACAGGAAUGUGUAUAAAUAAGAAAACUUUAAAGUCUGCCAAGCUGAAGUCAUAUCUCUGUGAUAAUUUUACUUCAGCAAAUUCUCAGGCGAUCAGUUUUCUCUCGGAUUCCCGGAAUGUUACUUAUAAAGUUCCGGGACUAAAUCAUUUCAAUCUCGGAAUCUUCACUUGAUUGUAAUUCAAAAAGACAUUUUGACCGUUGUUUACUUGCUCUCUGUUGUGUUUACUCUGUUUUGUUUGACUAAGGUCUGAGACGGUUAUAAAUAAUAUAUGUUCUGGUAUUUACC